AUGACGACUACUCAUCCUGCUGCUUUCCGCUACUGCUGCUGGGUUACUAGCGGCGUCCCGAAGACUCCUCAUAUCAGCACUCGUCAAAUCCUCAAAACUUGCAAGGAUGGGAAGAAAAAGCACCAUCGCAGCAAGGGGCGCAAAGGUACCAGUGGCUCCAAGUCGUCUAAACAAAGAAAGGGUACUAUGAACGAUCUGCUCCAAGGCGCAGAGAUCCAAAGCAAAAAGCCAUCGAGCAGUCAGUUGGCAUUGCAGAAGUUCCGGCACUAUUUGGACCACGUGGCUGGAGGCCUCGUCCUCUUGAACUCCAUCCUGCUCAUGGUACAACUAGAGCUUGAGGGGAGGCAGCUGGCUCUGGAGUUGGGUCUUCCUGAAGGGGAGAGCUUUGAGAGCAUGAUGCCAAUAUUUUCUGCCCUAGACACAAUUUUUGUCUUCGUCUUCUUGGUGGAGCUCCUGAUCCGGAUCGGGUUGGAGAGGUGUCUUUUCCUAAAGGACAUCGCCAAUUGGCUGGACUUCAUUUUGGUCGCCGGGGGUAUGUUCGACCUUGUGCUCAGCUCCCAAGCCAUGGGAGGAGGUGACCCGAAUGCGCAAGACAUGGUUACCCUCCGCUUCGUGUCCGCCCUCAAAGCCUUCCGCGCCAUUCGCAUGGUUCGGAGCUUCCGGUUUUCGCCAGGACUUCGCAUGCUUGUCAAAGCUUGCCAGUGUUGCUUACCAUCCCUUUGCUGGUCAAUGCUUCUCCUUGCAGUGUUCAUGUGCAUGGGCGCCUUGAUUCUGGGCAAUCUACUACAGGAUUACAUCAGAGAUGGAGCACAAAGCAUGGUCGACAGGCAAUGGGUAUGGGAACGAUAUGGAACGACUUAUCGGGCGACGUAUACACUGUACGAAAUCACCUUCGCAGGAAAUUGGCCCACAAAUGUGCGGCCAAUCUUGGACAAGGUCAGUCACGCCUUCGUCAUCUUCUAUCUGCUAUAUAUAACAGUUAUUGUAUUCGCAGUUAUACGUGUGAUAUCAGCGAUCUUCUUGAAGGACACGCUGGACGAGGCUAACAAUGAUGCUCAGCAUCUUGUUCUCGACCGCAUGCGCAAGAGGGACAUGUACGUCGAACGACUAGCAAAUGUUUUCCACGCUAUUAUCGAGCAAGAUGGGCAGGACAAAAAUGUAUUGACGGAGAAGCGCUUGGAGGAGAUACUGGAAGACAAGAAAGUCAAAGCAUAUUUUUCAACGUUGGAAAUCGAUGUACAAGAAAGCGCCGCCUUGUUUAAUCUCCUUGAUAACGGAGAUGGCAUGGUGACUUUAGAGGAGUUCAUCAACGGGAUCAUGCGGUGCAAAGGACCUGCAAGGGCUAUCGAUACCUUUGCUUUGCAUUCUGAUGUCAAGCAGUUGGACGCUAAGCUGCGGGCUCUGAUGCGAAUGAACCACCUUGGCCAAGGUGAACCACCGCAAAAGCCAGACGCCAAGAUGGUGUCGCAGGAAGACAGCCCUUGGGAAAACCCAGCGGAGUCUCGGUCCAAAUCGGAGACCUCAGGCACAGGAACCCGUCAAGUUCGUGAUUAUAGAACCAGUGACAAGAUAACAAUGUGA